AUGGCCACUUACCAGUUAGGGGUGGCCCAGUGCUUCCUAAAAUACGCACCCCAGAUACUGCGCACAGCACCACGUGUCCUUGGGGCAUCUGCUGGGUCUCUGGUAGCAGCUGCUGUGGUCUGUAAAAUUAGCCUGAUUACCAUGCGGGAUGAGAUGCUGCACUUUGCAAAACAGAUGAAAGCAUUCACGCUUGGACCACUUAACCCUUCAAUCAAUGUUUUCCAUUGGUUAGAGUGUCUUUUACACAAACAUCUUCCCUCUGAUGCUCACCAGCUGGCCAGUGGUCGUCUUUCUGUGGCUAUGACCCGUCUAAUUGAUGGCAAACGCUUUAUCAUGUCUGAAUUUCAGACCAAAGAGGAUGUGGUACAGGCUCUGCUAUGUAGCUGCUUUGUGCCUGGGUACUGUGGUUUGCUACCACCAUCAUUCAAAGGAGUUCAUUAUAUAGAUGGGGGUUUCAGCAGCAUACAGCCUGUAUCCUGCAGCCGCACCUUGACAGUGUCUCCAUUCUCUGGAGAGAUUGACAUUUGCCCCGCUGACACAUCUUGCACAUGGGAUAUGGUAGUGAAUGUAGUCACCUUUAAGGUCAGCAAGGCUAACGGCAUCAGGAUCAUCAAUGCCGUCUUUCCAAUGAAUUUAGAGGUUUUAGAACAAGCCUACCACAGGGGCUACAAAGAUGCCAUUCAUUUUCUUCUGUGGAACGGUGUGUCAAAAUACGGGGACUAUUUUUAA